AUGCCCCUCUGGCAAAUCUACCACCCACCCGGCACUUUCGAAGACAAUGCCUCAAAGCAAGCCUUCGUCAACGACAUCACCAAGAUGUACACAACCCUCGGCCUACCCGAAUUCUACGUCGUGACCCAUUUCUACAAGAUGGACAACAGCAACGUUUACCAGGGCCUGAAACCGUCGACAGAGACUGAGAAACCAUUCGUGCGAGUUGUCAUUACGCACAUUGCCAUCCACGUGCCAGAUUCAGAUGCCAUGUAUCUUCGAACUACGUCUCGCCUUGACAAUAUCAUGAAGCCUCAUUUGUUGGACAAGGGGUACGACUUUGAGUACCAUGUUGACGAGACGGAGCGACGGCUUUGGAAGAUUAAUAGCUUGAUUCCACCACCUUUCAAAAGUGCUGAGGAGCAGCUUUGGGUGAAGGAGAAUAAGGCUGUUCCUUAUGAGGGUGCUUAUCCUCCUGCAUCGGGGGAAGCUGCUGUGUGA